AUGGGAAAUACUUACUCGUGCUCAACAACAGUGACCAGCCGCGCAAGCAGUCGAGGCCGCGCCCAGAGUCGCAGCAGCAGCCGCAAUUCAAAUGCCUACACCACUUACGACCCCCACCGCUACGAAGGCGUGAGCUCUCGCGGAUCACAAACGAGCAACCAUAGUCGCCACAUCUCCGACACCUCCGACGUCCUUCCCGCCUACCGCGCCCGCUCCAACUCCGCCGCAUCCAACCGCUACAGCGACCUCGACGCCGACUCUUCCAUCCCCUUCUCACACGACCUCACCGAGAACGUUCCCGGCGCCCACCUUGGCGCAUUGUCCCGCCUCGUCCCAGAUGAAGAGGAAAAACACAUCCACCCCGACCGCCGCCGGCGCAAAAUCAGCGGCGACGACAUCCUCCUCACGCCCAGCGAAACCACCUCUGCCGUCCGCAAGGUCUCGAAUCUCCGCCCCGUGCUGGAAGCGCAACAAGCCCGGUUCCGAAGGGAAUUCGUCCGGAUCAGUGGACAGAUGCUGCCAGCGUCCGUGGCGCGGGGCGAGGGCGAGGGCGGGGAGAAACUGCCCAAGGAUAUUGAGGACGAUUUCGUGGAGAAUGGGUGGCCGGUAAACGAUGCGGAGGAGGAGGAGGCCGUGGUGGUGCUGGAGUGGACACGGCAGGAGAUGGAUGCUGCGAUCGCGGGCUUGGAGUGUGAGGUCCAGAGGCGACGGAGGGUGUUGAGGGAAUGGGGGGUUUGGCGGAUGGGAGUAAGAGGGGGUGGAGGCAUCCGAAUCAUGGGGUGGAUGGGGAUGGGGAGGGGGGAGGAGGAGGCGCCGCCGUAUCAGCCGCAUAAUCAGCGCGCGGUCAGGACUUGUGCUAGGUGUGGCUAUCCGCAUUAUAUGGCGGCGAGGUAUGGACGCGGGCCGGAGAUUGCGGAUGGGGAGUGCGUGUUUGAAGUCCUGGGUGCUGAGGCGGUGAAGGAGGCGUUGGAGGAUUGA